GAAGCCUGCUCUUUUGAGCAAACCAGAAGAAAAAAAAACUUGCAAACUUUGUGAUUAAAUUGUUGAACCUGGAACUGGAAGUAUUUGUGUGGUGUAGUUCAAACAAUAUAUAAUUAAUAAAAAAUAAACAAAAACUCAGUUCUUAAGAAAUAUGGCUGGGAUAGCACCAGAAAAUAUUAAUCCAGAGCAAAUGAGAUCCUUUCGUGAAUUUUUAACUUCCUACAACAAACUGUCAGAAGUGUGUUUCACCGAUUGUGUGUGGGACUUUACAACAAGGAGUGUGAAAAGCCAAGAGGAAAAAUGUGCCCUCAACUGCACAGAGAAAUAUUUGAAGAUGGUUCAAAGGAUCUCUCAGCGCUUCCAAGAAUUCCAGAUGAUAACAAAUGAGAAUGCUAUUGCUGCAGCCCAAAAACUAGGUGGCUCUGUACAAAGAUAGUCUUGUCAAACUAAAAAUAGAUUUUACUAUUAUUUUCUGUUACAUUAGUAUAAAUUAUUGUUCAAUAAAAUUGGUGAUACAUUUCAA